AUGUCAGCAGAGGCGUCAUCUUGGACAUCCAACAACUCAACAAAGGCCAAGAUCCGAAUCUUUCCACGCACGAAGAAGGGCGAUCUGAAGAAGCUACACAAGACGAGGGGUAGGGCUCCCCUUACCUUCGACAUCGAUUACAUCACCUCGCUCUUCGAUGUCCCUCAAGAGAAAGCUGCAAAGACCCUGGGCAUCUCUCUAGCAGCCAUUAAGCGAGCAUGCAGACAAUUGGGCAUCGAGCGAUGGCCUUACAAGCGCCCUAGGAAGAGCGGGAGCGCAAGCCCCAGCAAUGAGUCAGACAAUUCGGAGGCUGCAGACGUCAGGCUAGACCGAGAUGCACCUCACGUCGCAUCUUCAUCUUCCUCCUCCUCCUCCUCCCCCUCCCUCGAAGGAAGGAAGCCCCUGGAGACCGUCAUGCCUUCGUUCCAGUUGGUCCAGAGCUCUCCCAAGAACGUCGAGGACUGCAAGUUGCCUUCCUUCCUACAGGCACAGCUGGCGGAGAACAAGCAGAGCUCCCUGCUAGCUAACGGAAACUUCCGUCAGCUCGCCAGGCCAGCGCUCCUUCCGUCCAUCCGCUCGGACUCUGUGCUGAACGCGCACCUGUCCUCGUCGCAGACUUUCAAUGACGCGCUCUACUCUAAGACUUCGGAGCUGAUUCAGUCGCUGCUGCAGCUGCAGACCCUCAACAACUCUCCCUUCCCCUCCCCUCCCCGGUCAGGACUGGACAGCGGUCGCUUCCAGGGUCAGCCAGUUGUGCUCGGGGGAAUGGCCCCGGGAUCAGCCUCGCCAGCCAGUUUCUUCCUCCCCCGGGCAUGA